ACGGCACCAUCUUCAGCCCUAACUCCAAUCAAACCUUCUCUCUCUGAGUAUUCCAUGAAACGCGUCGGAAAAUGGGAAAAUACAUAAAGAAGAAGAAACUCGACGGAGAAGCUCUAUCCUUGAUUGACGUUUCUCCUUCUCCGCUCGGCGUUCUCACCCGAGCCAAGUCCUUAGCUCUCCAACGCCGCCUCCAAAAACCCCCCUCUUCCCCCUCUCCCAACCCUCCGCCGUCGAAACAGAAGAUCACUGAUUGUUCCGGCGGAUCGUAUCUCCAGCUGCGGAGCCGCCGGCUACAGAAGAAGCCUCCUCCGAUUGUCGUGAUUCGCUCAAGUAAAAGGAGAAAGCAGCGGAGGGAGGAAGAGGGUCGGAACCCUAACCCUAAUCCCCAAAAUCACGAUUCGAUUCGAGGGUCUGGUGGCGAUGGGUCGUCGAGGUCGGUUUCGGUUGCGGAGAGUGUCGUGUUUGGUAAAGAGAAGGACUUUAACGGUGGAAUCAACAGAGAGCUCGAUGGCAGUGAAAGCUUCAACUGGACCACAAGUAGGGAAUCCACACCAUGCAGUUUGAUAAGGAAGCAGGAAACCAUCACAAGCCCUGGAUCUUCUACGAAGCUUAGCAACGGUAUUAGUGACAACAGCAACCAAAGAGAAGAUAGUUUUUCAGGGAGCCAUCGUCACCUACCAACUACACCUGAAAUGGACGAGUUUUUCUCUGCUGCUGAAGAAGAACAACAAAAGCAAUUCAUUGAAAAGUACAACUUUGAUCCUGUGAACGAGCAACCACUACCGGGACGGUUUGAAUGGAAGAAGGUAGAUGAUUAGAAAACAACAACGAAAAUGGGUGGGGGUGGUUAAUAGUUAAUAACAGACUAUUAUUAACAUUAUUCCUGCUAAUUAUCGGUUUGAUCUUUAUUAUCCAUCAUCCGUUUUCUUUAACUUUCCCAACAUGUAAAGGAAACUUAGGAUUAAAAACCCAUUGUAGCGUUGGUGUCUGUAAACAUAAGUGUCCGAAAAGGGUUUGUGUAACGCAUAACUGAUACCAAUCCUUUUCAGUUCUAAACAGAUCACCUUACUAGUAAUGGUAGUAGUACUAAACUAUAAGAUAAAGUAUGUCAGGGUUUAGGGGUUUUAGAGUUCUUUUGAUUAAUGGAGUUGUAUUCUGUUA